UGGAAUCUUUCUGAGGAAUUGGGGGCUACAUCAGCAUCAUGCCCUCCCCCUCAUGCUGGUCCUGUAAUCAUUUCACAAGACCAGGAAAUUGAACGCCUGAAACAACUCGCUGACACAGAAGAAAAAAUUGCCUUGGCUGGAGAUGCGCGGUGUGACAGCCCUGGUUUCAGUGCAAAGUAUUCGACUUACUCCUUCAUGGAUGAUGCCACAAAGGAGAUUGUCCACUUUGAAUUAGUUCAGGUUACGGAGGCUUCCAGUUCAGUAGCCAUGGAGGCGAUGGGAUUCAAAAGAGGCCUCGAUCACCUCCUGACCAUGGGUGUGGAUGUCGGUGUCAUCACUACUGAUAGAGCACCAUCGAUACGUAAAAUUAUGAGGGAGACCUACAGUGGCAUUCGGCACGAGUUUGAUUCAUGGCACGUCAACAAGAGUGUCAAGAAGAAGCUAGUCAAUGCAGCAAACGAGGGAAAAUAAAGACCUAAUGACCUGGCUGAAGUCUAUAAGUAAUCACUUAUACUGGUCUUGUAGCUCCAGUCACGGAGAUGGUGAGGAGUGUGUGCAUCGGUGGAAAUCCAUGAUCCAACACAUUGUUGGCAUACACAGAUGGGAGGAAGACGGCAUACAACAAACGUGCCAUCAUGCCCCUCUGACAGCCAACGAACAACAGAGGAAAAGGUGGAUGACCGUGGAUUCCCCAGCAUACCGGGCUUUAAAAAGUAUAGUCCUGGAAAAUAACAUACUGCGAGACUUGCGGCAGAUGGCACUGUUCAAACACACAGGGUCCCUGGAAGUUUUUCAUUCGUCUAUGCUGAAGUAUACUCAGAAAAGGCUUCACUUUUCAUACGACGCAAUGCUGGCCAGAACACAACUUGCGGUCAUGGACCACAACGCCAAUGUUGGCAAGGAGCAGGCCAAAACAAAAGAAGGACAACCCCAAUUUGCAUUUGCCUACUCAAAGGCCAGUCAUCAGUGGAUUGCUAGGCCCGUGUAUGAGAGAGGUGCGCAACUAUUCCGCCAAGACCUCAUGGACCACACUCUGAAGAUGAGGGAUGAGAUUAAUCUUGAAGAUUGGCCCCCGUCCUCCGCCUCGCCGGAAAAGGCUUCUAAAGAACAUUGCCCCUGUGCCUAGGCCUGACAAGUCAGAGCUGUUGAAACAAUCCACAUCUCGGUUCAAGUCACAGUGAAAUUUUGUUAUUUGUUGUGUACGACAGUCUCUCAAUCCAUUGUUUUGAUUUAUU